AUGAAACAGGAACAGAAACACAUCAUAGAGGUGAACGCCAUCAAGGGCUACUACAAAAAGACAUUCACCAACGAGCUGCUGCUUUCACUGCAGAAGGAAAUAAACAUAGAAGACCUCCUAUACUCAUACAACUACUAUUCCAAUUUGCUAACGGAAGAUGACAAAUUUGAUAAUGAGGAGGUGGGGAGUGAAUACCUGAAGAGUGAAGACGAACAGGAGGAGUUACCACCGAGUGGGACAGACAAGAAGUAUAAAGUAAGGAAAGAAGAUUCGGGGGAAGAUAUGAUUAAUUACUUCGACCCAACUGUAAGUGAAGAAUUGUAUGAAGAAAAAAUCGAACAAACAUUCGAAUAUUUGGAUAAUUUUUUAAAAGCAUUUUAUGUUCCAAAUGAUAUGAACAAAUCAGGCGAAAUGGAAAUAAUAAAUGACGUAGUGAAAAAUUUAGUAAUAGAAAAAGUGAAUGAUGAGGAAUAUAAAAUAUUGGACAUGCAAUGUGAGAAAUCCCAGAUAUAUGAAAUUACGUUAAUCAUCAUUGCGUACAUUAUUAGGAAUAUUUUCAGUUUAAGUUUGGGAAGGAAAAUUAUUUUUUCCAACGAAAAAAUGACCAAUCUGUUGUUAAGGGCGUUGUAUAAGCAAAAUAUAUACAUACAAAUAUUCACUUUGAAAAAUUUAAAAAAAUAUAUCAUGGAAGAUGGAGAAUGUUUGCAAGACAUCCACUUAAAAAUGAUUAAAAUUUGUAUCUUCAGUAAAUCGCUGUGCUCUUUCAAUCGCUCCAACGAAAUGGUGAAACUUUUAGUGAAAGAAAAUAAACACGUGAGUGAAAUUUUCGAUUUAUAUUUUUUAAAAAAGCUUAAGAAGUCUUUGGAACAUUCGGACAAUGUGCAACGCCUACGAUUGCUCGAUCUCAUUGCAGAGUGUGCAAAUAUAAACAGCCAACAAAUUUGCAACAUUUUUCAAACGAAGAAGAAAAAAAGCGUGAUGCAGGAGAAUGUUGAACAGGACGUUGGUAUGUCUCACCAGGGGGAAAAGAAAGAAACACACACGGGUGGUGAUGUGCCGCAUGGAACAACGGACAAAUAUGAUGACGAUGCCAAUUUGGAAAACUUCACCUACGAUAGCAACUACGAAGAAGAGGAAUGCACCUAUGAUGACAUAUCCUUUGUAAGUAAAAAUAUCGUACAGGAUGAAAUGAAAAAGCAUAAUAUACAGUUAAGUCAAAUAUGCAAAAUGGUAAAAAUUAAUGUAUACAAAUAUUUAUAUAUGUUAUACCAGAAGGAGGAUUUACUGCUGAAAAUAAAUGUGCUGGAAAUAUUCUCGAAAUUUGUGCAAAACGAAUACUACAGUGAUUGUACUGUGCAGAAUUGCUAUCUUUUGCACACCGUCUUGAAGGAUCUACACAAUCCAGACGAUGAUGUUCUUCCCCUGAGUAUACUCAACUCCCUCAUUUGUUACGCCAAAAUAAGUUCAGCUCUUCUUCAUUUUAUAAUCACCGCACAUGACAAUAUUCUCAUGAAGACGAUCAUUUAUUAUCUGGCGAACGAUUCCACUAACGGUAGUAGUGCCAACGUGGAAAAGCUAAUUGUUGGCAUAAAAUCCUUUGGCUACUUUUUUUCAAUGAAGGCGUCUUGUCAAGCUCUUGUAAAUCUAAACCAGAAUGCACACCUUAUUGUAAUUAAUAACAUAAACACACACUCACACACGAAUGUUUUAAAACACGCAAUAAAUAUAUGGAUAAAAAUAAUACCAGCCGAAUGCAUGGGUGCUCAAUGGAACAAACAACUCAUUCACGAUGUCCUCUUCCAAAAGGUUAUCACAAUAUUAAAAGAAAUAGAUGACCAAGAGGUUCAGAUAAAUACGUAUCAAUUGCUUCGUGUAAUGAUCCCCUACAGCAUUGCAGAUUUUAUCAUACAGGAGCAGUGGCUCAUUAGGACUCUCCAAAGCAGCUUUGGAAACAACAGCUACGAGCUCAAGAUGAGUAGAUACAAUUUUUUUAAGGAACUCUACGAACUUAACAAAAUUACCAUAACGAAUGAUGCCUUCGCGGAUAACCUCAUCAGCAACUUUCUGGAGAAGAUGCCCAAGAGGUAUUAG